AUGGGGAAUCUCCACCUCUCUGCACUCGUCGCCGCUCUCGUGCUCUUCGCGCUCCCUGCUGCGGUGGCGGAGAUCAGGAGCAUGCGGAUCGUCAAGGACCCGGGGGCAAUAAUCCUCUUCGAGCAGUUCGGCUUCUCCGCCGGCGGCGGCCGAGUGGCCGUCUCUGUGAAGGGAGUCUCCUGGAGGUCGCCGGAUCCCACCGCAGACCCCCACCGGUGGAUGGGCUUCGUCCUGAUCCGGCAGACCUCGUACGAGCGGCUCGAAAACGAGUCUCGCUACUCCUCCGGCGGCUUCUGCUCGCUGUCCAGCCACUACGUCAAGGCGGUGCUCCCCUUCCAGAGCCUGGCGGCGGAUUCGACUGGAAAUGGCUCGGUCGCCAUCGAAGAACCGGACGAGUACAGCCUUCUCUUCGUCAACUGCCGGCAGGGCCUCGAGGUCUCCAUGGAAGUGCUCACGGAGAUGUACAACGUCGGCGCUGAUGGCGAGAGGGACUACCUCCCCGCCGGGCACAAGCCUCUGCCGCGGCUCUACUUCGUCUUCUCCGUCGUGUACGCCGCCUUCUUGGUCGCGUGGGCGGCCGUCUGCUUCCGGCAGCGCUCGACGGUGGAGACGAUACACGUUAUCAUGGGGAUGCUGCUGGCUUUCAAGGCCCUCAAGCUGGUCUGCGCCGCCGAGGACGUGUCAUUCGUCGGCCGGACGGGGACCCCCCACGGUUGGGACGUCGUCUUCUACAUCUUCGGCUUCCUUAAGGGGGUCACCUUCUUCACGGUGAUCGUCCUCAUCGGCACCGGCUGGUCUUUCCUCAAACCCUACCUCCAGGUCUUCCAUUAAACUUCACCAUCAUCUUCCUCCCCCUUCCCACAUACAUUAGAGUGACCAUCCGCCAUGCCCGGGCACCAACAGGAGAGGGAGAAGAAGGUCCUGAUGGUCGUCAUCCCGCUGCAAGUGAUCGAGAACGUGGCAUCGGUGGUCAUCGCCGAGACGGGGCCGUCGGAGAGGGACUGGCUCACCUGGAACCAGAUCUUCCUCCUGGUGGACGUCAUCUGCUGCUUCGCCGUCUUCCUCCCCAUCAUCUGGUCCAUCCGCAGCCUCAGAGAGGCCUCAAAAACCGACGGGAAGGCCGCUCGGAACCUGGCGAAGCUGACACUCUUCCGGCAAUUCUACGUCGUGGUCGUCGGCUACCUCUACUUCACCAGGAUCGCCGUUGCUGCCCUGGGAGCCGUCCUCGGCUACCGCCACCGCUGGGUGAGCGCCGCCAUGGCGGAAGGGGCCAGCCUGGCUUUCUAUCUCUUCGUCUUCUACAAUUUCCAGCCCGUGGAGAGGAACCCGUACUGGUACGUUCACGACGACGAAGAGGCCGCCGCGGCCUUCGAGCUAGAAGACGACGAGAACUUCGAGCUUUGA